CUCAACCUGGGGCGCGCAAGUCCUCCGAGGAGACUUUGUGCCCACAGGUACCUGUGUCCUGAAUAAACCUCUUGCUGUUGCAACCCAAAGGCCGUGACUUGUCCUCCGUGGUUUCACUCUUACAUUUGGAGGUUCCACCGAGAUCAGAGAGUCGAAACCACCGGGACAACUCCCGUCCCUUCGGGGAGGUAAGUGGCCGGCUGUGUGUGUGUUUGUUUAUGUGUAAACAAGCUUAGUCUGUUUGGGGCUGAAUCGCGCAGCGUUUGGUUUUUGGUUUCUGCUGGGGAUCCCUUUGUUUGGGCAGUGCAGGAGCAGGGUGACGAUCCUAGAGCUCUGCCUGCCACCCCGAGGGACGCCUCGGGGACUGGGGGCUCACAUUUGGGCAAGGGACGUGAAGUCCGCUUGCCACCCUCCUCCCUGGGAGAGAGAGGAGGGAAGCCAGUUUCGUAUGAGGGUGAGAGAUGAGAAAUCGUCUCGCCGCCUGACUGGUGUGUGAGCCUCUUUGUGUGGGGGGUGAAAGAUCCUCUCAUUUGUGUGUGUGUGGGGGGUGAGAGAUCCCCCCAUUUAUAAAACGAUGUGGGGGGUGAAAGAUCCCCCCAUUUGUAAAGCGCUGCCCUCAGCCCUAGGCAUCUGGAUUUUAUGUUUUUGUUUGUGUAACGAGCUCUCAUUCCUUUUUAGUCGCGACAGCGCCCUAACAGCUUCAGGCGCUAGAGUUUUGUUUGUUUUUCUUUUUGGUCUCGGUGCACCACAUCUAAGUGAGGGACACGUGUCACUAACCAUCUCCUCCCCCAACUCCGCCUUUUUGUUUUUCUUGCAGAACCGUGCCCAGCGACUCCUGACAGCAGGAUUCUCUCUCUCUUUCUCUCUCUCUCUCACCUUGCCUGCCUCAUACUCUUUCUUGAUAAUUUUAAAAUGGGACAACAACUAACCACCCCAUUAAGUCUGACUAUAGAUCACUGGAGAGAAGUUAGAAGCAGAGCCCACAACCAGUCGCUGGAGAUCAAGAAGAACCAGUGGAUAACGCUCUGCUCCUCAGAAUGGCCAUCCUUCAACGUUGGGUGGCCACGAGAUGGGACUUUUGAUUCAGAUGUCAUUUUACAGGUCAAAGCCAAGGUAUUUUCAGAAGGACCAGCCGGUCAUCCUGACCAGGUGGCCUACAUCAUAACCUGGGAAAAUCUGUCACUCGACCCCCCACCAUGGGUGACCCCCUUUCUAACUAGGCCGGGGGUGACCCCCUCUGCUCCUCUUACUCCUGGCUCUUCCAGCUUAUUGCCAGUGGUAGUAAAGCCUAAGCCAGUUCUGCCUCCAGAUGAAGACGGACCCAUGGACCUUAUGAACGAGAUUCCCUCUCCAUUCCAUCCUCCCCUGCAAGCCGCCGCUGCAGCUCCAGAGAUCGGCUCACAGGAGGAGGGGCAUCCAGAAGCAGCUCCCUCCCCCAUUGCGGGACGCUUGCGAGGCCGCCGAGGGCACUCAGAUCCCGCCCAUCUCUUUCCCCUUCGUUUGGUGGGAGGGGAGGAAAAUCAGUACCAAUAUUGGCCUUUUUCUGCCUCAGAUUUAUAUAACUGGAAAACCCAUAAUCCCUCUUUUUCUGAGGACCCGCAGGCUCUGACGGCCCUAAUAGAGUCAAUUCUUCUGACUCAUCAGCCCACCUGGGAUGAUUGCCAGCAGCUCUUACAGGUUCUCCUGACCACAGAAGAGAGACAGAGAGUAUUCUUGGAGGCCCGGAAGCAUGUGCCGGGCCAAGACGGGAGACCCACGCAGCUGCCGAAUGAAAUAGAUAUGGCCUUCCCUCUUAACAGACCUGCAUGGGAUUUCAAUUCAGCUGAAGGUAGGGGACACCUACGUCUUUAUCGUCAGUUGCUUGUAACGGGCCUCCAGGGGGCAGGAAAGCGCCCCACCAAUUUGGCUAAGGUAAGAUCAGUUAUGCAAGGAGCGGAUGAGCCUCCAACUGUCUUUUUGGAGAGGCUCAAAGAGGCCUAUAGGAGAUACACUCCGUUUGAUCCAGACAGUCCAGAACAAGAAGUGAGUGUGUCUAUGUCCUUUAUUUGGCAGUCUGCCCCCGAUAUUCGGAGCAAACUGCAGAGGUUGGAGAACCUGCAGGGACAAGGCCUCAGAGAUUUGGUAAAGGAGGCAGACAGGAUCUAUAAUAAAAGAAAAACCCAAGAAGAAAAGGAAGAACGAAAUAAAAGGGAACGAACCAAAGAGCUAAGUAGAAUCCUGGCCACCGUAGUAGGGCAAGAGAAAAAGAGGUAUAGGGGUGGCAGGCGAGGCGGCCAUCUAGGGAGAGACCAAUGUGCUUACUGCUGGGAAAAGGGACAUUGGGCAAGGGAUUGCCCCAAGAACCCCAAGAGACGAGAAAAACCCAACGAGAGCGGAACCAAGAUCCUCCAACUUGAUUAGGGGGGUCGGGGCCAGGACCCCCCACCUGAGCCCAGGGUAACUCUCCGAGUGGGGGGAGAACCAGUCACUUUUAUGGUGGACACUGGGGCACAACAUUCUGUCCUCACCCAGACGACUGGCCCGCUUAGUAAGAAAACAACAUGGGUAGAAGGAGCUACUGGGGCCAAGCGCUACCGCUGGACCACAAACAGGGAGGUUCAGCUUGCUUCAGGAACGGUGACUCAUACCUUCUUGCAUGUACCAGACUGCCCCUACCCCCUGCUAGGACGGGACUUACUAACCAAGUUUGGAGCACACAUCUAUUUUGAAAAUAAGGGGGCCAAGAUUACUGAUUCUAAAGGAGCGUUUGACCUGUACGUGGAUAAAAAGCUGGGGUACGCAAAGGGGGUCCUGACUCAAAAACUGGGGCCGUGGAGAUGCCCUGUGGCUUAUUUGUCAAAGAAACUAGACCCAGUGGCUGCCGGCUGGCCCCCUUGUCUGAGAAUGGUGGCAGCCCUGGCAGUCCUGGUCAAAGAUGCCUUUAAAUUAACUUUGGGUCAGCCUCUUUGCGUUCGGGCCCCCCAUGCUCUUGAGUCUCUCAUCAGACAGCCCCCGGAUCGGUGGCUCUCGAAUGCCCGGAUGACUCAUUACCAGGCUCUGCUCUUGGACUCUGACCGCAUCCAGUUUGGAUCCCCCGUCGCUCUCAAUCCUGCGACCCUGCUACCCAGCACAGAAGAACCCGACUCGCAGGGCGACCAUGACUGUCAUCGGGUCCUGGCUGAGGUUUUCGGCACCCGACCAGACCUGAGCGAUAAGCCACUGGAGAAGGCAGAUCACACUUGGUAUACAGACGGGAGCAGCUUCCUUGAAGGGGGACAACGCCGGGCUGGAGCCGCAGUCACCUCAGACAGCAAGGCCCUGCGGCUGGCAGAAGGUAAGAAGCUAAAUGUGUACACGGACAGCCGGUACGCCUUCGCCACCGCACACAUCCACGGAGAAAUUUACAAAAGAAGGGGGCUUCUCACAUCAGGAGGGAAGGAAAUAAAGAACAAAGCAGAAAUCCUGGCACUACUAGAGGCUUUGUUUUUACCAAAAGAGCUCAGCAUAAUGCACUGUCCAGGCCACCAGAAAGGAAAUCACCCAGAGGCAAGGGGAAACCGCCUAGCCGACCAGACGGCCAAGGACAUUGCCUCCAAGAGUCAGGUUCUGACUAUGCAAAUGGACCCUGAACGCCAGAGACGGGAAGCCAUCAGAGACUACACCCCAGAGGACAGAGAGUUACUCGAGAAAAUUGGGGCUUUCAACAACCCAGAGACUGGCUACUGGGAGUACCAAGGAAAAACCGUCUUGCCUCAGCGAUCGGUGGAAGAGCUCCUGGACGAGCUCCACAAAUGGACCCACUUGGGAGUGAACAAGAUGAGAAAACUGAUUGAGAGGGAAGAAACAAUCCUCUAUCUGCUAAACAAAGAUGCCAUCCUACAAAGAAUUGUUAAGAACUGUAAGGCCUGUGCCCAGGAUGGCCAGAAGCCUACCCGACCAAGCAAGAAACUGCAAGGGUGGUAUCCAAGAAGCUAUUAG